AUGUCAGUUAGGGAAAAUGAUCCUGAAAUGGCUGGGCCAGAAAAUGCUACAACAUCUCCACGGGUCGCAUUGUCCCCUAAAGUUACCAGUGUACCACCACAGUCCACUGCCUCCAUCGCGGAGUCAGUACCACGACAUGAAGACAUUCGCAGAGCACGAUAUAUUUCCAUGGCAACAUCAACAGAAAAACUAAAAGCACAAAAUCAAAAGAAAAAGAAAGAACCAAAAAAGCCAGUAGGAUGUUGGACAAUCGCUAGUUGGGUAUUUACUUGGUGGGCACCGUCCUUUAUGCUAAAGACAUUCGGCUUAAAGGACCAACAGACCCAACAAGCUUGGCGUGAGAAGGUAGCACUUGUUCAAGUCAUCGCUCUUCUUUGUGGCAGUGUUGGUUUCUUGACUUUUGGGUUCAAUGCUGCCGUGUGCGGACUCCAGCCCAACCGUAUUAGGCCCACAGGCGUUUCAGGCGAUCAGAUUGUGAUAUCUGGGCGCGCCUUUGACCUCGAAUCGUUUCGACACCCAACACCUUUCCCAAAUAUGCCUGGAUCAGGUGACCUCCGAGAAUUGGGGUUUGGCGGCAGAGACCUGUCUUUUAUGUUUCAAAUAGUGAAUUACAAUUGUAAAGGGAUCUUUAAGCCGAUUCUUCAGGACGACUCCAAUGGAAAUGUGGUAAAUUACUUUCCUUGUGUAACACUUGAUCGCUACCACCCAAAAGUAAAUGGCACAGACAAUCCUAUCCGCGAAGGCUGUCAUGUAAGCGCAGAUUCAAGAACUGCCCUUCGAGAUCUAGAUAUUGUUGGUGACGUCUACUAUAACUGGACUGACCUACAACAACCAGGAACAAGCUUGAUUGCAUUCAAUGGAAACGUUUUAGAUUUAACACGCCUAAGAUACUUGACUCCAAAUGUUCCCUUGCCCUUACAAGUCGCGCGUAUUGUUGGACCUGGGAGUGCAUUUAUCGGAAGAGAUGCUACUUAUUGGCUCAGUACAACUGCAGAUCGACUUCAGAUUGGAAAAUGCCUGACCGAUAUUCUCAAAGUCGGAGUACUCGACACACGAUCGACAGGCUGUAUCAUUUCUGACAUUGUGCUUUGGGUUUCGCUUGCUGUCAUUCUUGGUGUUGUUUUCAUUCGAUUCUUUUUGGCUUUGGUAUUUGGGUGGUUUGUGUCGUGGAAACUGGGCAGUAUUCGAGAAGAAACGGUCGAAGAGAGAAAGGCACGUCGUGAGGCAAUUCUUCAGUGGGAAAUGAACAACACUGAGCAGAUGCACUAUCCAAGGAGCCGCAGUAUUGCAUCAAUUCAAGAUAAUCCACCAAACGAUUCUCUUCGGCUGAGAUUUAACAACGAAAGUCUUGGAGUCAAUGAAUCUCUAAUUAGUAUCGGUCAAAGUGGGAAUGGAACAGGGAAUGGAACAGGGACAGGGACUGGAACUGGAACUGGAACUGGAACUGGAACUGGAGCAGGAUCAGGGUUAGGAAUAGGAACUGGAAAUCAACUUUAUGGCAGUAGUUUGAGUAUUUCAGGAAUAGGUCCCAAUGCACCAGGCAUUUCGUCACAGAAAAACAGGCGAAGGUUCUUCCCAACAACUUCCCGUUUUACACAACAAAGCUCGCCUGCAUUUCCUAAAUCAACCGUGUUUGAUGUGCGGUCGGCCAGUACAGAUGGAUUCGGACGACGGGCCGGAAGCCGUCCUUCGUCUCCUUCUAAUAUCACCCAUUCUUUUGCAUCGCACAUUCAUUCCAAUAAGGACAACGCAACGAUGUCGCAAAGUGCGUCAAUGGCAGAAAUCGAAGCAGAAAACAAUUACAACUUCAAUUUUGAACUUAUCCACACCUUCAUGGUUGUGACAUGCUACUCUGAAGGCGAAGAGGGUCUGCGUACCACACUCGAUUCACUUGCCAACACCGACUAUCCGGUGUCACACAAAAUGCUGUUGGUAAUUUGUGAUGGAAUCAUCACUGGAUCUGGAAACGCUCUGUCCACCCCGGACACGGUUCUGUCGAUGAUGAAAGAUGACAUCGUUCCGCGCGACCAAGUAAAGCCAGCAUCGUAUGUGGCUAUUGCAGAUGGUAUGAAACGACACAAUAUGGCAAAAGUGUAUGCAGGCUACUAUAGGUAUAAUGAUGAUCCUUCGAAGGGUGCUGGUGUAAGACCCCCAGAAGAACAACAGCGAGUUCCGAUGCUGGUUAUAGUCAAAUGUGGUAAUGAAGCCGAGUCUACGGACAAAAAGCCAGGGAACAGAGGAAAGCGAGAUAGUCAGGUUAUUCUGAUGAACGCGAUGCAAAAGAUUUAUUAUGGAGAGCGUAUGUGUGAUCUGGAGUUCCAGUUUUGUAAAGCAAUUAUGAAGCUUACAGGAAGACAUCCUUCUUGUUUUGAGACUUGCUUGAUGGUGGAUGCUGAUACAAAAGUAUACCCUGAUUCCUUGGCCCGAAUGAUUGCCUGUAUGUCACGAGAUCCAUAUAUUAUGGGACUCUGUGGAGAAACAAAGAUUGCUAACAAGAGCGACAGUUGGGUUACAGCUAUACAAGUGUUUGAAUACUAUAUUUCUCACCACAUGAGUAAAGCGUUUGAAUCGAUCUUUGGUGGUGUUACCUGUCUUCCUGGAUGCUUUUGCAUGUAUCGCAUUAUUGCACCCAAAGGAGAUCGUUACGUACCGAUUAUUUGUGCCACUGAUAUUGUUGAGAUGUACUGUGAAAACGUUGUUGAUACCCUUCACAAAAAGAACCUAUUGCUGCUUGGAGAAGAUCGAUACCUAACUACACUUAUGCUCCGGACAUUUCCAAAACGUAAAAUGAUGUUUGUACCCCAAGCAGUUUGCAAGACCGUAGUUCCUGAUACGUUUGAGAUCCUACUUUCACAGAGGCGCAGAUGGAUCAAUUCGACUGUACACAACCUUUUAGAGCUUGUUUUGAUUAGAGAUCUAUGUGGUACAUUCUGCUUCUCAAUGCAGUUUGUCGUGUUUAUGGAACUUGUUGGAACAGUUGUUCUGCCGGCUGCCAUUACAUUCACACUCUACCUGAUCGUCAUAUCCUUCUUUAUUACUCCGGUGCCAAUCAUUCCACUUUUACUGCUUGCUGCCAUUCUUGGUCUUCCUGCGAUACUGAUUGCCUUGACGACUCGAAAGAUGGUUUAUAUUGGGUGGAUGUUGGUCUACUUGUUCUCACUGCCCAUAUGGAACUUUGUCCUACCAGCGUACGCUUAUUGGCACUUUGAUGAUUUCUCGUGGGGACAGACACGUCAGGUUGAAGGUGGAGGGGAUGGAAAGGGUGAGGACCACGGUCGUCGAGAGGGAGAGUUUGAUAGCUCUGGUAUUGCAAUGCGUAGGUAUGAAGAGUGGUCUGUAUUUUUAGUUCCCAUGCGAACAGAAAACAAGAAAAGAAAAGAAAAACAAUCUGAUAAAGAACCUUGUGCAACCAUAGAUCUUUAA